ACUCCUCGACCUCGACCCCGCCAGUGCGCUGCCAUACGUGCUACUCCUCAGCGUCUACACCGAGGCAGGCCGGACGGAGGAAGCAACGGCAUUGAGACGGCUCAUGAGCCGCAGGGGAGUGAUGAAGAUGGAGCCCGGCACCACUAUGAUCCUCCUCGACACCUAAGUAACGACUACCCUCCGAAACAGGCGCGGUUUAUAGUUUGCGGCCCAUAACUGACUCCAGUACUAGGGACUUCCGGCCAAGGUCGUCGGCAUGGCCAGCUCUGUGCAAGGUCAAGUCUUGGGGUGAGUCACGACACUUUAUAUGCACAUGCAUACGUCUCGUAUUGCAGGCAACCUUCCUGCUCGCCCAGUCUUAUCACUCACGUUCGAACAGCAGUUCUCUCCCACUUGGGUGUUGAUCCCGUGGAUGCGCUCGCCAAGGGAACCCUCCAGCAAAACUCCGUGGAGCUGCACGUUCACCACCACCACCACGUCUACGUGGACCAAAACCACCGAAUGCACGACGCGUUCUGGAAGGAGUACGAAGAGCUUGCCAACACCACUCUCCUGGAUAUGCUAUGGGCUAAAAACAAGCCAUGCUACGGCAAAGUUAACAUCACGUCUCCCACGCUUGAGCAACAGACUCCUGCAGAAGGAGCUCAAGCCAAUAACAAGGGCAGUGCAACUAAACAAGUGCGGCCUCACAAGCUAAAGAGGCUCUUCCCUGGGAACAAGUCAUCGCAGGGAGUAGACAAGGCUAACUUAUGCGCAACCACCAAGUCUAAAGUCUGCUGCCUCGAAGCAGCAGCGCAGGAGAGAAUUAAGAAGCUCUCUGACCUUGGAACACUGGUUAACAUUGCCAAAGCUGAUGCAAGGGGAUUUCAGACAGACACCAAAGAACCCUUUUGCCAAACGCAACCAAAUGUUCCUCAUACUUCACAACAGCACAAGAAACAUACACUCAAUGAACGUUUCCAGGCUGCCGAGGCAAGCUUUGUAGCUGCUCUCAACGUACUGACCAACUAACCAGUGCUCGACCCUCAGGCGGCUAGAGACAGGCUACGUGAACUCGUGAAGGCAUGCGUAAGACAAUAUCCGCGAAAGUUUGUGCCAGAGGAGAUUCUCAGGAAGCAGAAAGAGUUGCAAGCACUGGAAAGAAUUCAGAACCUUUUUAAUAACCAGAAUGACAACUCUACAGGGAUUUCUCUAAUGUCCACCUCUGUGGCAAGUCUACUAGAGAAAUC